AUGAAAUUACUUAGAGUUUUGAGGAGAAGAUGUUUCGAGCCUGACGAUGUAAACGUUGGCGAUUUGGUGGUUAAAACCCGACAGAAACAUCGUCUAAUGGCAGUUAUAUUUGAGGAGAUAAAUAAUCUAGUCGUCCUAAAUAGAAAGUCAACAGAUUCAAUAAGUGAAGUGUUAAAAUCACUUCUUCACUAUCUCAAUUCCAAUACAACAUGUAGUAUGAUAUUUCCUUUAAUACAUGAUUUAGAAAGUGCUCAUUUCGAAUUAACGGAUACAUUGAAUAAAUUGUUACCAGAGCCUAUUAUAAAACAAAUGGCAAAAUAUAAACAUUUAGAGCCUCAAUUAAAAGAACUGGAAUCUACGGCACAUCGUGUAAAUCGACAUAAGCGUAAUCUUAAUCAAAGUUAUAGUCGGAGUCGAAGUACAGAUAAAAAGGAGAAAGCACAUAUUAAUUACAGAGCAUCUUCGAUGAAUUAUGAUUAUUUAACUAAUUGUUUAGUGGAUAAAAUGAAUACAGUUGAAAAUGAAGGUACAAUGGCUUGCUGUGAUGCAUUGUUUGUUCUUGUGUCGACGUAUAAACAAUUCAGUGAUCGAAUAUACUCUAUAUUAAAUUAUCUGUUCGAAGAAGUCAACAAACUACACGAAUGUGCUGCGAGAGAAUUGAAUAUGUCCUAUGCUAAAUCAUUGAAAAUUAUAGAAGAUGCAACUCAAGUAACCAAAUGGAAAGCAUCAAGUAUAAUGAGUUGUCAAGAUCGUGAAGGUUCCACAUACGGAAGUACAUCAAGAGGACGAAUAAUGUCUAGAGAUUUAGAUUCGAGUGAUCAUCCGGUCACAGAAAACACUGAACAUGAUCCCUUUUCAGUGACUGAACUUAGCAGUCAAUUAUCGAAGAUAAUGAAACAUCAGAAAUCAUCUGACAAAACAAUCGGUUCAAACCAUUCUAAUCAUUGUUUGGACAGAAAAUCAUCACCAAACUCAUCAUCACUAACACUACAGCUACCGCCACCAUCACCCCUUCAAACGCCAACAUCAGAAACAUACAUGAAGACAAUGGCGACAAAUAAAACGAAUGAAUUACAGGCUAAAGAAUCUUUACCACACAAAGAUACAAAUGGAGAAUUGUGUAAGAUAUCCUCAUCAUGGUCUUCACAAUCAUCAACCUCAUUAACAACAACAAAUUCAAAUGAAUUCAUAGAUUCACAUAAUCACGAAAACUCUAAUGAUACGACUACUUUAAACCCUGUAAGUAAUCAAAUAACAAACGUUGAUGACACUAACAAUACUGAUAUAGAAAACAACAAUUGUGAUGAUAAUAAAAGUGAUAAAACGAAUAACAAUAAUAAUGGUAAUAAAGAAAAGUCUACAUUGACAAACAACCUGUUAUUCAAUUCAACUUCAUCAGCAUCAACCUAUUCCAUUUGUCAGUUUCCUUAUUAUUUAAAUCAACACUCACAUCAGCAUAAUGAAAACUAUUCCUAUGAUCUUAAAGCACCAACUUUUUCGACAGUUUAUUCAAUAAAAAAUAAUAAUCCCAGUAGUAGCAUACUUAUUGAUAGAAACGAAACGUUACUACCCAUUAUGAAAUCAUCAUAUUUACGUAAUGUGGAUUAUGCUACUGAAAAGUCGCCAAGUAGCAUGUUUUGCUUAAUUAAAAAUAACGUGAACCCAUUAAGUGAUAAUCGUUGUUCCUAUGACAAUAAUAGUGAAAUUAGUUGUAUACCAAUAAUUGUUCAAAAAAAUUCAUGGUCAAACACCUCUCCCAUUAAUAAUAAUGAUAAAAACAACAAUAACAAUAGUAAUUAUAGUAUUCAUGAAGUUGAUUCUGAUGUUAUGAAUAGCAAUAAUAAUUACAGAACUCUACAUCGAGAAUCAUUGUUAAAUGGUAAUGAAGUUAGAUCGUCAAAACAAAAUAUUAUAUCAUGGGGUUGUUUACCAUCACCAAUAACUGAGGUAAGUUUCAUUUGA